AUGGACCAAGUUCCAAAUACAGCCCAACAUUUUAUAGAGUGUGACUUGAAAUCUUGUAGGAACUUCUCUGAGUUUUAUUGUAGUACCUGCCAUAAGCGAAUUUGUGACAAAUGCAAACAGCGCCAUCUAAAGCAGAACAAAGAACACAAAAUUGUCCCCUAUCACGAGAAAAAAAGAAAAGUUCCAUCAGAGGGAUGCUGGAUCCACCCCACAGGAGAACUACAUGUCUUCUGUGACGAUUGUUAUGAUCCUAUCUGUCCUACAUGUUUUGCCCAACAUCACAGUGAUCAUGAAAUCAGUGACCUUGAAACCAUCUACAAUUAUUUUCUACAUAAUAUCCAGACGGAAAUAACUGAGAUCUGGAAAGAAGUCAUUCCUGGGGUUAAAAAUAAUGUUGAAUCAACGAGAAAUAAUGCCGAGAAAGAAAUCGCCAAUUUAAGAGAUUCCAUGAAGAAGAGAGCAGAUGAACUGAAAAAGGUGGUUUAUAUUACUAGUGUACUUAACAAAAAUAACAAAAAACUGGAUGAAAUUGAGAAUUCUCUACAAAGUGAUAUGGUUAAACAACAGAAAAUAAUAGACGAUUUCAUAAAUUACCUAGAAGAAAUUAUUAUAAACUAUGAGCGUAAUAUGUUGUCAUUGAACUUAACUGAACUCAUGGAAUUCCAUACAUAUAUUUCAAUAGCUACCUUGAGGAUGCCUAAGAUAGUUAAACCCAAACUGCCAAUUUUCAGACUAAGAACACUAAAUAAAGAGGACAAACAGUUCGGUGAAAUUGAAAUAGAUUCACCUGAAAUAAUUAAGCUUACUCCUGUCAUAAAAGUAACUGAGGUAAAUAUUCAGGAAUAUGCUUUCCAUUUGUCUUUCCUGCCCCCUGAUAAAUUCUGGGCUGUUGAUAGCAUGGGGAAUCUCAUUCAGUAUGAUAUGGAAGGAAACAUUUUACACAAAAUAUCUACCAGUUUUAGAAAUAUCCAAAGUAACCACACAGUCACAAAAAAUGGAGAACUUCUUUACACAGAUAACAGUAAAAACACUGUAUGCAGAGUUACUAGUGACAUGUCCAUCAACAAACUUAUUUAG